AUGUUAUGCGUGGAUAGGCAGGUCCCAGGCACACUCCGCAGGAGUCAUUACCUCGUACGAUUGUGCUGCUUUCCCCCUCUUUUUCCCUUACUUCGCCUUUUCCGUUGGCUAAUCGGUGUUGUACCUCUUAUUUUUAUUUUUCUUGCCGGUAUUCACACCCUUCCAUCGGUCAGUGUAUUCGUGAGACCACAGCGACAACCCACUUACUGCCCGUGUAACGAGGAGGAAGGUGGGAGUGAGCACAAUAGAGCGUUUCGGCGUUGCACUUGUUGUUUACGUGGUGCAACAGCACGUCAAAAGGGAAUAAUGAGACGAGAAUGGGAGACCAAGGUGGAAAACGAAGAAAAGAAAAGGGACACAAAUGGGAAGGAAGAAAGGGAACGAAGCAUUGUGCUUUCGCGUUGA